AUGGAUUCCCUGUCGUCGGUAUCGCCGUCAAUCGUGCUCCCGCUCCGCCGCCACCACCACCACCGGCGGCGGAUAACGGACGUCUCCUCCACAUGCGGCAAUUCAAUCGAUCGAUUGCGUAUUUCGGAUCUAUUUUGGAAGGGAAAUCCGAUUUCUAGGGUUCGCUGUAAAUUGGGCGGGGAAAAUGAUCGGCAAGGCGAGAACGAUCGGAGGGACGAGGAGCUGGAGAGGGCCCUGCGGAUGGACGGCGCGAUCCCCGGGACCUCCGACGCGUUCGUGAAGCAGGUGUCCUCACGCGCCUACGAUAUGCGCAGGCACCUCCAACAGAGUUUUGAUAGCAGCAGCUAUGAUGUACUUGAGGCAAACCCUUGGCGCGAGUCUUCGAAAUCCGUUUACGUGCUGACUCACCAGGAAAACCAGCUGUGUACAAUGAAAACACGUAGAAACCGCAGUGAAGUUGAACGGGAGCUCGGACUCCUGUUUUCUAAAGGUAUGACGAGGAGAAACCAGUCGAAACAGUCACGGACAGGCAACAAAUUUCAGAUGCUCGUUGAGGAUGUCCGAGAGGGUGUACUCGUAUUUGAAGAUCAAAACGACGCUGCAAGGUACUGUGACCUGCUCCAAGGUGGUGGAGGACCAGGUUGUGAAGGUGUUGCCGAGAUAGAAGCCUCAUCAGUCUUUGACCUGUGCCAGAAGAACAGGGCACUUGCUGUUUUGUUUCGGAGAGGGCGAACACCACCUCUACCCGAGAGCCUCAAGCUCGACCUCGGGGCACGAAAACGGUCCCUUGAAGACCAAGAGGACUCAAUUUGA